GAGAGCACGGCGUACGGUGCGGACGGUGCGUCGCAGGAGCAGCUGCCCGCCUACGAGGAGGUUCACGCGCACUGGUUCCACAAGAAGACGAUCGCCGGUAAACUGCAGUGGACGCCGUUCUCUCUCGUCGACUCGAUGCGCCUCGAGGACGUGCAUCAGAUGCUGCUGCGCGGCGAGGCCGUCCCGGGCUUUGUCGCGACGAUGGGAGGCCGCUACGACGUCAGCGUCGAAGAGCGCACGUGCAGCGCUGUCUACUGGCAGGAGACGGUGGCCGAGGUGUGCCGCUGCACGUGGUUCUACCGCGCCGAGGGCGAGACGAUCUUUGUGCCAUAUGACGAGGCGUUCUCGGCGCGCCUCGAGGCCGAGUACCAUGCUGGCGCGACGACGGGCACGUGGAAUCGCCGCCUCGAGUUUCCGAGCGGCGACUCGGUCGUCAUGCACAACCGCGACGUCAUCGUUCACUUUGCUGCCGCCGCCGACGCGCAGCUUGCGGACGAGUGGGGCGCGGUGGAUCGUGACCUCGGGGUCAUGCGGCCGCGCGUCGUCAAGCGCGGCGUCGCUGACGUCGAUGAGAUCGUCAUCGACGACGGCGAGGCGGCGCGCAUCGACCAUCUGGUCUUCGUCGUGCACGGCAUCGGCUCGGUCUGCGACCUGCGCUUCCGCGACGUCAUCGAGUGCACGGACGGCAUGCGGCUGCACGCACGCUCGCUCGUCGAGACGCACUUUUGCGAGGCGGCGGCGGCGGGCGCGUGCGGACGCGUCGAGUACCUCCCCGUGCAGUGGCACACGUCGCUGCACGUCGGCCCCGCGGGCGUAGACCGGCUGCUGAAGGCGAUCACGCUGCCGAGCAUCAGCAAGCUGCGGCACUACACGAACGACACGAUCCUCGACGCGCUCUUCUACACAAGUCCCAAGUACGGCCAGACGAUCGCCGAGGCCGUCACGCACAAGCUGAACCGCAUCUUCGCGCUCUUCCUCGCGCGCAACCCGAGCUUCGACCGCACGCGCGUCUCCGUCGCCGGACACAGCCUCGGAUCGCUCAUCGUAUUCGACAUCCUCGCGCACCAGGGCGAGACACCUGAGGAGGUGGGCGAGGGGGAGGUGGAUUCGCUCGCGGCUGUGCUGCAGGGGAUGGGGUUGGAGGAGUACGGCGCGAUAUUCGAGCGCGAGCAGAUGGAUCUCAACACGCUGAUCAUGUGCGACGCGUCAGACCUGAAGGACCUCGGUGUGCCGAUGGGACCACGCAAGAAGCUGCUCAUCUACAUACAGGAGCACGCGGAGAGGAAGAGGAAGCCAGCGAAGAAACCCCUGCAGCAGCAGCAGCAGCAGGAGAAGCCAGACGCUGGACAGCAGGAGAAGCUGGAGUUUGGCGGUAGUUCAUUGUCGACGGCGUCGGCAGCGUACACGAUGGGGCAGGUGGCUGUGGCCUACCCGAAACUCGACUUUAACCUGUGCGCCUUCUUCGCGCUUGGAUCGCCGAUCGCUGUCUUUCUUACCGUUCGGGGCGUAAACGAGGUGUGUGAGGACUACAGACUACCGACAUGCCCGGGUUUCUUCAACAUCUUUCAUCCAUUUGAUCCGGUCGCGUAUCGAAUCGAACCGAUGAUCAACAAGUCUUUUGAUUUGAAGCCAGUGCUCAUUCCACAUCACAAGGGAAGAAAACGAAUGCAUCUAGAGAUCAAGGAGAACAUGGCUAGAAUAGGUUCCGACAUCAAGCAGCAGCUGAUGGAGACAUUUAGGAGCACCUGGCACACGGUGGCUGAGUUCACACGCUCGCACACCCUCGGGCAAGAACAGAUGGACGCUGUCCAGAAGGCUGUGAUGGACAGUGCGAUAGAGGACAUGAGCAAAGAACAGGGGGUCAUAGAGUUAGGCAAACAAACCUUGUGGGAAAGUUUCCCCUAUGUCCUAACAUUAGUGUUGUGA